UUCUCGUACAUCGUGAGAACAAUUUGUCGAGUAUUUCAUUCGGAAAGUACAUACAUAUUUAAUAAAGUAUUGUGCGAUCAUCAAUAUGCUGGAUGUUGUCCUAUUGAUAUUUCACGUGGAGAUAUGAUUUAGUAGAUUUAUCGACAGAACUGGCUUGAAAAAAAAAUUCGAAAAAUGAUGCCGAAUAUAAAACUGCAGAGCUCUGAUGGAGAGGUCUUCGAAGUUGAUGUUGACAUUGCGAAGUGCUCUGUCACCAUAAAAACAAUGCUUGAAGAUCUUGGUAUGGAUGAAGAUGAAGAGGAAGUGGUACCGCUACCCAAUGUUAAUUCAGCUAUCCUCCGUAAAGUAAUCCAAUGGGCUACCUAUCAUAAAGAUGAUCCUCCUCCAUCGGAAGAUGAUGAGACAAAAGAAAAACGUACAGAUGACAUCAGCUCUUGGGAUGCAGACUUUUUAAAGGUUGAUCAAGGAACGUUGUUUGAACUUAUUCUUGCUGCAAACUACCUGGAUAUUAAAGGACUCCUUGAUGUUACCUGUAAAACUGUAGCCAACAUGAUAAAGGGCAAGACGCCAGAAGAGAUCCGCAAGACUUUUAACAUAAAAAAUGACUUCACAGCUUCAGAAGAAGAGCAGGUGCGCAAGGAGAAUGAAUGGUGCGAGGAGAAGUAGCAUGAUCCAUAUGCUGUUUUUUUAAAUCUCUUAUUCUAAACCUUUUCAUUUGUCACAUACAAAUUUUGAUUUUCUGUGACCCACACCUCUGUUUAUUGAAGUGACGUAAAUGGAAAUGUCUCAAAUCUAAAAGGAAAUCUAACAAAAAUGUUUAGUAGCAGGUGUUACUGAUUGACCCUCUCUGAUUAUACAAUGUAUUUGAGCUGUUAUUCCCAGCAAAUUCAUUUAUGCUCCCAUUGUUAAGAUGCAUUGCUUUCAAGCUAGUCUCAUUAAUAUUCCCACCAUUGUCUGUUUAUUAUGGCUACAGUAAAUGCCAUUUUGCCCCUUGAAGGAAAUAUCUGUUAUAUCCUGGGUUGAUGAAAGAUUUAAAAUAUCCUUCGGAUAAGCUAUACUCUUUAAUCAAGAGACCCAAAUAAUAGCUAUUAACUAUAAUCAAUAGCUGUUCCUGUCCAAUAAACUACUGUACGCUGCAAGAAUUGUUUUUUUUCCUCUAUAUAAAUCAGAUUCAAUCUAUCUUUCACUUUUCAUUGAAGCAUUCAGCAAGUGUAACAUGGUCAAUUGCUUGCAUCCUAUGCAUCUGUAGUUCUGACUACAGUUAUGAACUCUACUCAAAUAUGAUAUGAAGAAUCUUUAUUGAUUUAGAGGCAGGCUCUUGAUAUGCAGCAAGCAUUUGCAUUUUCGAUUUAAAAUUAUUUUCGCAUAAACUUAUUAAAAAUUUUAGGUUGUACGUAGUCCUUAGAACGUAAUGGUAAUAUCUUUGAUAUAAAAUUGUAAGCUAAGACCUAAGGAAAAUAUUAAAUAAUAAUUAAUCUUAGUAAAUUCUUUUUGUGUUCUGUGUAAAAUCGGUUGCAGCUGUGAAUUACGUGUAUUGGAAAUAAAUAUUAAUUGAAAAAUGUA